GAUUCUGGAUAAAGCCAGAUAUUUGUUUAAAUCCUCUGGAUUGGGUUGGAGAAGGUUUCAAGGAUUUAUUAUUCCUCCUGGAGCUGUAUUCCGGUAUCCAACCCUGAUAAGUACUCGGCUGAAGAUGAGUAGCUCCGACGAGGGACCGAAUAUAGAUGCUGCUACUGCUCAGAAACUUGUAAAAGAGUUUGAAGGAAUAUCGAACACAGACGAAAUAUUUGCUCAAUUUAUGCUUCAGGAGAACGACUGGGAUCUAAGCAAAGCUCUGAAUGCGUUCUUCGCGGACAAGGUGGAGAAGAAACGGAAAUUGGAAGAGGAGCUCAGGGAGUUACCGGAUGUUGAUGUUCCAGGUCCUAGUAUAGAAUCUGCUUUGAAGGAGGGUUUACUGACUACUCGAGCUCCGGAAACCCUAAAUGUUGUAUCCUGGAAUAUUGAUGGGUUGGAUCAGAAGAAUCUACAGAAGAGAACUGAAGCUGUUUGCAAGAUUCUGGAACUGGAAAAUGCUGAUAUUGUAUUCUUACAGGAGGUUAUACCAGAGACUUUCUCUUAUAUUGAGUCCAAACUAAGUAUUGGUUACGAAUGUAUCCCUGGGAACCCUGGGGAUUACUUUGUUGCGACCCUGUUAAGACGAGGACGGAUAUAUAAAGAUGAAUCUAGGAUCAUUCCAUUCCCUGGCAGUGUGAUGGGUCGACAUUUACUCUCUGUCUCAGCACACUUUGGACAGGUUAAACUUGAUUUACUCAACACACACCUCGAGUCAACCAAAGACCAUGCCGAGGAGAGGAAGAUUCAGCUCAAGAAGUCCUUGGAGAUAAUGAAAAGUGUUGGUGAAGAACGAAAUGUUAUGUUUGGUGGAGAUCUAAACAUGAGAGACAAGGAGCUCCAGGAGGUUGGAGGACUACCUCCUGGAGCUAGGGACUGCUGGGAAGCUUGUGGGAGGAGAAAAGAAGCUGAGUUUACCUGGGAUAUUUCAAGAAAUACAAAUCUUGAGUGGCCUGGUAAGUUUAAACCUCGAUGUAGGUUUGACCGGAUAUAUCUGAAACCUUGCUCUGGGUUCUCCGCUGCACCUAAACAUUUCGGGCUCAUCGGACUUCAGAAGGUAUCUGGAACCCAAUCUUACCCGUCGGAUCACUGGGGGCUCCUGCUCAAGCUCUCACUGAACCAGGACGGGAAUAAGCCGGAGGAGGAGAGAGAUAAUAAUGUGUCUUAACUCAACCUAUUGUGAUUUUUCUUUAAAAGUGGUAAACUAACCACAUGUGAUUUUAAUUUUGUGCCACAUUUCUGAUUAUUGAACCCUGAUAAUCGAUUUCUGUGAUAUUAUUUAGA